AUGCCUCUAGGGCGCACUCGCUCGGAAUCGAGUCCAAACUCGUUGGUCACAGAGAACGAAACCGUUGGAAACCAGCCAGAGGGAAACCGAGGCGGCGUAGCCAGGGUCACGAGGCGAGCGCUGCGUCGUAGUGCAACGGCCGGCGUUGCGACCAACUCGACCGGGACUGCCGAGUCUGCAAACGCACUCAGCGAGUGCAGCAUACCAGGCGAAACGAGCUUCGAGCACGGGACGCUGCGUGAACCUGGUCAGCGGUCAAGCGACUCCAGCCUGGAGCGUGCGACGCCCACCGCAGCCAGUGACCUUGAGCUCGCCUCGGAUACGUCUGACGAGAGCGCACUUCGCCGAGAGCGCUCCGAACGACAUCGGAUACAACGAAGUCAUGCCGUUUCUUCUUCUCUAGUGGCUACUGAAUACGACGCAGUGGGUGGCAAGGCCGGAAACACACCACGUUCAACCCUGUCGCCUCAGGCGAGUGCGUCGAGCGUCAGCGACGAGGCUCUGGACGCCGACCUGAGUAAGCACGUGGACCUGGGUCGAAUUCCGCUGCCGCGAAACUUGCAGCUCAUAGCGCAGUCACAAAUACUGCAUGAGCCGCACCUGGGCUCCAUCGUCGACGUGCGCUAUAAUGAUGAACUUCAGCAGCAUGAAUACUACAUCCAUUUCGAUGGAUGGAAUAAACGGCUGGAUGAAUGGCUAACGAUCGAGCAUUUCGACCUUUCGGAUUUGUCAGAGCGUCUCAGGGAGCAUUAUCGUCGCGAGCGAGCAUCCCAGGCGAGGCGCCGCUCGCGUUCUAGCGCUACGGCGAGCAGUGGCAAACGUUUGCGCAAAGCGGAGCAUGCCACCGCCGCCGACGUUGCUUCUUCCACUGCUGCUGCUGCUGCUGCUGCCGCUUUGGGUAACGAGUCUCGUGCAGAUCAACAACAAAAGGCUGCUUCAGGCACUAGUGCUGGCGCAGACCUGCCUGCGGAUGUGGUCACUCGGGUGAAAAACCUCCACAGCAUCGUCAUCGGACGCUGGGAGAUGGAGACCUGGUACUAUUCGCCUCUUCCACCAGAAUACCGCAAUUUGCGAACACUCUACGUGUGCGAAUUCACACUCAAAUUCUUCCGUACCCGAGAUGGGCUUGAGCGACAUCUCGCACGAAACACGCGAUGGUGCCCACCUGGACGGGAGAUCUAUCGCAAGGACCAUCUCGCGGUCUUCGAGGUCGAUGGCGCCCGGAAUCAUUUCUACUGCCAGAACAUCUGCUACAUAUCCAAGCUGUUCCUGGACCACAAGACCCUCUACUACGACGUGGAUCCGUUCCUGUUCUACGUACUAUGUGAGAUUGAUGAUUGGGGAUACCACUUUGUCGGCUAUUUCUCCAAAGAAAAGGCCAGCGAGGAGAACUACAACGUUGCCUGCAUUCUCACGUUGCCACCCUACCAGCGCAAAGGGUACGGCAAAUUCCUCAUUGCGCUCAGCUAUGAACUGAGUCGACGCGAGGGUAUCCGUGGUUCGCCCGAGAAACCGCUCAGCGACCUCGGAUUGCUCGGCUACCGCAGCUACUGGAGUCAGAUCCUCAUUGAUCUACUGAUGAAAGCGACUGGUCCGCUGAGCAUAGAGGAUAUUGCCGAUCGCACAAUGAUGAAAACCGAAGAUAUCAUUGGCACACUCCGAGCACUGGAUCUCGUGCACUACCACGAGGGCCAACACGUCAUCGAUUUGAGGCGUGUCGAGCACAUGGAUCUCGGUAACCGUGGUAUGCCCUUCGAUCCUCAGUAUCUUCGUUGGUCGCCACCAGUCGAGCGCAAGCGGCGCAAAUCAUGA